AUGAAUAACGAUGAUAGCUCUAAGCAUUUAAGUUUGGCUGGCAUAAGAAUGCUAUACAACACAGUAACCAUUCUCACAAUGAUUGAUCACGCAAUUGUAAUUUGUAAACCUCGGGAGUUCAUUGGAACCCCUGGGGAAUUGUUUCUUCUUGUCCAGAAUGAUGGAGAGGGCCUCCUAAAAGUAAAUUUUAGGAUCUCAGAUAUUAAGGUUACUUUCCCAGAGAUGCAAUUACCCAAACACCAUGCCAAAAAGAUCAAUAUCUCAGAAAAUGUUGAAGGAAGUCCAUCCAUCAUAUUAAAUGCUGGAAAUGGGUCAUGCAUAAUUGACAUGGGAUACCUGGAACCAAAAGGCGAAUAUAAGCCGUUCUUUGUCUAUGACAGCCAUUUAUCCCCCAUUUAUGGAGCCUACUUAUUGUUUUUGAUAGUUUUGAUUGCUGGAGGGGCUUGGGCUUGCUGCAGGUUGCUGAAAAGCGAACGGCAUGUUGAUGGAGUCCCAUAUCAGGAACUCGAAAUGGGGCAGUCAGACUGCCAUUCAGCUAAUAAUGUGGAAAAAGCUGAAGGGUGGGAUGAAAGUUGGGAUGAUGAGUGGGAUGAAAUAAAAGAAGAGAAACCACCAAAUGGACAUCAAACAGCAAAUGCUUUACCAAAUGGCAUUACUUCCAGGAACUCUGAUACAGAUGGACGGCAAAAAGGUUGGGAUGAUUAG